AUGGAGUGUGUGACAACUGCAUCUAUAUCACUGCUGAUAAAUGAGUCGUCAUCUAAGCCAUUUAAGAUGGAAAGAGGUUUGAGGCAAGGUGACCCGCUUUCUCUCUUCUUAUUUGUUCUGGUUGUUGAUGUGCUACAUCGAAUGAUUGGAGAGGCAAUCAGGAAUGGACGUAUCUUACUGCUGUUGGUUGGAAGAGAUAGUAUAGAACUGUCACACUUACAUUUUGCUGAUGAUACUAUCCUAUUCUGUCCACCUGUAGAGGAGAUUAUCAAGAACUACAAGCGACUUUUGCGAUGUUUUGAGUUGAUGUCAGGGAGCAAAUCCGAGGUUGGUGAAUACCUGGAAGCCUAUACUAGACAAAGUGGAGGAAAAACUCAGCCUCUGAAAGCUAAGGUGCCGAACAAAGCUGUGAAGGCUGUUGUGGAGAAACUGAUCUCAUUGCAAAGGAGAUUCCUGUGGAGCAAGGAGGAUGGUAAAAAUGGUAUAGCAUUAGUAAGAUGGGAACUGGUGCAGGAUCCUAAGAAAUUAGGAGGGUUGGGAGUGGGAAAUGCUAUGAUCCGUAACACAGCACUAUUGUUCAAGUGGUGGUGGCAGUUCGCAAAAGAAGAGUGCCCUUUGUGGAAGAAGGUUGUCUGCUCGUGUAAUAGUCUGAAUCCAAAUGAGUUCCUGUCAGCUCAAGUGCUACCUACUAGAGGAGGCCCAUGGAAGGAUAUUUGUCAGGAUAAGUUUCUAAGGCUUUUCUCUGUUUCAAACCAAUGUGGAUCUGUUAUUGGGGAUUGCGAAUUUCGGGAUGGGCUAGAGUGGAUUUGGAACUUCCAAUGGAGGCGAGAGCUUUUCCACUUGGAGUUGGAACUACAUGAGGCGUUAAGACCUGUGAAACUAGUGCUACAGGAAGAAAUGCUUCCAGAGGAGGUGACCAGUUACAGCUUCACGAAGACAAUUUGGAAAGGAUUGGUUCCACCAAGAGUUGAGCGGUUCGUUUGGUUUGUUGUGAUCGGCAGGGUGAAUACAAAGGAGAGGCUAAGCCGGUUUGGGAUUGUCAGCACGGAUAAUAGUGUUUGUGUUUUAUGUAUGGAGUGCUUGGAUAGCAGGGCUUCGCCAUCAAUGGUCUUAUCCGGGAUCCAUGAAAGAGCAUUUUCUAAGUUGGACAGAAGAACCGAGGAGUCCGGAGGAUCGAAAGCAGCGGCUAAGCUACUUUUGUGCCAUCGUGUGGAAUAUUUGGUUGGAAAGGAACAUGAGAAUCUUCCAGAAUAA